UAUUUAAUUGCGUUCAAUGGAUUAUCUGCAGCAGGAUGGGCCUAUGUCAUUUACCAUCCAUAUGUUCCUGCAACAUACAAAUCGAACCAUUUCUCUACCACUCUCGCAUAUUUCUUACAUCCAUAUGUUCCUGCAACAUACAAAUCCACAUUCUCUGCCCUUGCACCUGUGCAGUCGCUCGCCGCUCUUGAAGUCUUGCAUGUUCUCCUUGGGUUUGUGCGCUCCCCAUUCCCGACAACUGUCGUCCAGGUCUCCUCACGCCUCGUCCUGGUCUGGGGAAUCGUCGAGCGCUUUCCC